GCGUGUUGUGGUUAGUGAAUCGGGACUUAAAUCACUUUAUAAAAGACAAUGAUAGCUGUGUUAACACGUGUGUAUCACUUGAACACAGGCAUCAGCUUUGACCCAGAUAGCUACUCCAACGUAGACGAACGGUCACUGUGUGUGUACACACUGCCGAAGGUUCGAGAACAGCUGGCUCAGCUGACCGGGAAACGUGUACACAUUUGGGACCUGAACCACCCCGUCAUACCCUACCCUCGCAGUAACGCCGCGGUAGUGGUGUUAGGGGAGACGAUCUGUGUGCUGGGAGGUUUCAAUCAGUCCAAACGAUCCGUCUGCACUGUGGUCCACUACUACGACACCCACAGAAAGAGGUGGAGGGUGGGGUUUGGACUGCCCGAGGGUCAUUAUUCCAGCCUGGACGGGGUGGUGCUCACAGUUCCAGACACAAAUAAGAGUUUUUGCUUCAACGACAGAAACCUUUACAAAAACUGGAUUCUGUGGUAG